UAAGGAUAAUACAUUACUGAAUUCAUGGUGGUUUUAAGCUACCAAGUUCUUCACUUUCCAAAAACUAACCACCACCACCACCACCACCGACGUUCCUCCACCAUAAAACCCCACCACCACCAUGGCGGCAGUUUCCUCCGGUGCGGGAUAGCAGAGCCCUCCGGCCAACCAGCACCGAUGGGGCAAAAGACAAAGUACAAUGACGGGGUGUUUGAGAAGGUGUUCAUGAGCUUAUUUGCUCGGAAAAUGGAAAAGUUUUCCGGGAAAGGGUAUAAAGGUCAAAACAAGGGUUUGUUUGAUUAUGAUUAUGAUAGUUUUGUGGAUGUAUCGAGAAGUGUAAUGAUAGGGAGGAAUCGUAUACAGCAACAGGAAGUUGUUAGGGAGGUCCUCAUGUCCAUGCUUCCUCCUGGCGCACCUGAACAGUUCAAGAAACUAUUUCCACCCACAAAAUGGGCAGCCGAGUUCAAUGCAGCCCUCACAGUCCCUUUCUUCCAUUGGUUAGUUGGUCCUUCCGAGGUGGUAGAAGUAGAAGUGAACGGGGUAAAGCAAAGGAGUGGGGUCCUUAUAAAGAAAUGUAGGUACUUGGAGAAUAGCGGGUGUGUAGGAAUGUGUGUUAAUAUGUGUAAAAUUCCUACUCAAGAUUUCUUCACCAACGAAUUUGGUCUUCCAUUGACCAUGAUUCCAAAUUUUGAAGAUAUGAGUUGCGAAAUGGUGUAUGGUCAAGCUCCACCGAAAUUUGAAGAAGAUCCGGUGGCCAAACAACCAUGUUUUACCGAUAUUUGUUCGGUAGCAAACACUAGUUCCAGCAUUUGCCCCAAACUACAAGUGUGAUACGGUUUUAUUACAUAUAUUGACACAAUUAUAUAUUUUUCUUGAUUAUUGGGGUGAGACCCCAAUUUUUUAAUUUUAUUUUGGUGUAGUGAAAUAAAAUGUUGUGUUGAUUGAUAUAUGUAAAUGUAAAUCUGUAAAUGUAAUAAUGUAUGGGGAGAAAAAAAGUAAGGUAAUGGGCGGGGAAUCUACUAUAAUAAAUGAAGGUUUUUUGCCACAUGUUCUCUUCUCAUUCAUUUGGACACAUAUCAUUCUCU